AAUGGGAAGUCAAAUUUGUUUAGAUAAUUAAUUAUAUGACGUCAUAUGAUAAGAGCUGAAAGAAUAACGCUUAACGUUUUCUAGUUCUAUUUCAAAAGUAUCUUUCAUCUAAUCAAUUAAAUGAGAGUACAUUUAAACAAAAUCAUUGAAUUGUAACAAAUUGAAUGUCUUGCAAGUAGAUCUUAAUUGCGAAUGGUCAUAGAAUUUAUAAAACGAUGAUGUUCAAUCGUGUUCAAUCGAAAAUUUAUUCAUUCAAGUUAUAAACGUUCACACUAGUUCAAGUGUGUUUGUUUUAAUACUUAGCGUUUGAAUUGGUAUAAGUUAUCUUGUCAAAUAAAAGCAUUAACGAUUCAUGAUUCUUGGAACAAAAGUACAAAGAAAUAAAUAAUCAUUAGCUGUUCAGAACAUAUUCAUAAUGUCAGAAGAAGUGAAAAGUGACACCGUAUUUUCAGAUGUUAAAAGGCAAAUAUGGGCCACAUUAGUAGUGAAUUGUAUCAUUUUGAGCCAUGGAUGCGCUGUCGGAUUUUUCUCACCUGCUUUGUUGAUUCUUCGCUCGGAAAAAACACCAAUCAUCACGGGACCCCUAACAAACGCCCAAUCCUCGUGGAUUGGAUCGAUGAGUAGCGUUGGAUCAGUAUUAGGAACUUUCAUUUGUGGUUUUUUAUCAGCGUUGUUUGGUUGUAAGAAGGCGAUGAUAUUCUUGGCAUUUCCCACAACUAUAUUUUGGUUAUUGAUCCAUUUUGGCGAUACAUUUUAUAAAAUUUUAAUUGCAAGACUUAUCGGCGGAAUAACUGGUGGUGGAAUGCAAGCUGGCGUUGCUCUUUUUGUUUCAGAAAUAUCAAACGACAACAUGCGCGGUCGUCUUGGUGCAUUCACACCCCUUGCUCGAAAUAUUGGUGUUAUGCUUAGUUUUAUCGCUGGCGCUAUCGUUGAAUACCAGUACUGGCCAUAUAUUUUCAUUUUUAUUCCUAUAAUAUAUUUAAUUUUACUGUUAUUGCUACCAAACACUCCACAACACUACAUAGAAAGAGAAGAAUUUCAUAAAGCCAAAAGGGCUCUCAUCUACUACAAAGGAUGUGAAGAAAAUAAUGAACGACAGCGAACUCUUUUGAACUCUGAAUUUGAGCAAUUGAAGGCCGUAAUUGAGGAAAGAAAAAAGAGCGCAAAACUUGAAAUGAAAGAUUUUUGCAAUCGACCGGUUUUAAAGGGGAUUUUUUUCAGUAUUGCAAUGAGCUGGUUUCUACAAACAACGGGAUGCUUCAUCAUUACAAAUUACGCAAGUUUAAUAUUCGAGCAAUCAGGGACAGCCCUUGGAAUAAAUGUCUCAUCUAUUGUUUUGGCGAUUGUACAAAUUUUCGGUGGAUUGGUGUCGACAAAAAUGGGCGAUGCUUUCGGAAGAAAAAUAACUUUAUUCAUUUCGCUUUAUGGAUCGAUUGUGGGGCUACUUAUAUUUGCGGUGUAUAUGUACUUUCGACAAAAUGGAUAUGAUGUAUCGAACUAUGUUUGGAUUCCUAUAAUCUCUUCAUCUCUGAUUAUUUUUGUUUCUUCAGCUGGAAUUAUGGCCCUUUCAAAUACAUGUACAAUUGAAAAUUUUCCGCCAAAGAUUCGAACCGCUGGUGUUGUUUUCUAUUCUUUGUGCAACAACGCCGUUGCAUUUAUUGGAGACAAAUAUUUUCCAAUUUUAUUAGAAAUAAUUUUUCUGCAUGGUUUUCUACUGUUUCUUGCAUUUAAUUGCGUCAUUGGCUUGUUUUUCAUUGCUUUUAUGAAGGAAACAAGAGGCAAUUCGCUUGAAAGACCCUAGAAUUGUAUUAAACACAAGCGUCGAGAACGAUACACGAUUUUUCAUAAGUAUUUUUUAUGUAGGAAUACGGAAAGUUGCGAAUGACUUAGUUACGCUACAUAUAAAUAUAUCAAAAAAUCGAGUGGUUGACGUAGAAAAAGACUCACUAUUUUUCAAUUUCUUAAAGUUUAUUUAAUUAAUGUUGCAGAAAAUAAAUAAUGUCAGAUAACGAUUAAAUUUUCUUAAUGCGUGAAUCACACAAUAAAAAAUGAUCAUUAAUCAUUGGAUGAAAAUCAAAUCCGUAAGAAAUGCAAAAUUCCAUAUAUUGUUGCCAUGCCAGUAAAUGUCAAACUUCUUAAGUGGAAGCUGUCGAAGCGGUGGAAGCUGUAAAACGAUCAAAAAUUGUAUAUUAAUUCAAAGUGUUGAUAUAAAUCGAUAAAAAAUGAACACUUUAUUUACCGGUUGAAGCAGUUGAAGCAGUUGUUGCAGUUGUUGAGCACCGUUUUCGUCUACAACAUUUCUUGCUCUUACAUUUUCGGCUACGGGAGCAUUUGCUGCAUUUGCUGCAUUUGCUGCAUUUGCUGCAUUUACUGCCACUUACUUUCGAUCUCUUAACUUUAAUACAUUUAUUCUUUUGAAGGCUGCUACUUGAUCGUCUUUUUGAUCGUUUUCUUAGCGCAUAAGCGAUCGGGUCGGCAAGUGCCUCUGCCUAUAGAUGUCACAAAACCCAAAUGUUAAUAUAUUUUUAUUAUGAUGACAUUUUAUUAACUAUUAAGAUCGAUCAUAAUACGGGGUAUUACGAUGCGUAUCAAUUGAUAAAUAUACAGAUGUAAUGCAGAAUUGCAAAUGAGGCAUAUAACUUUGGUAUUAUAAUACUUGAUACGCAUCAUAAUACUACUUUACUCAUCGUAUUAUCAAAGAUGUUAAUAGUUAAUAAAAUUACCUCUGGUUCGGCUUCAGGAUCGGCCAAAGCAAGUGGCUCUGCUUCAGCAUCAGCAAAAGCCAAAGCCUCAGGUUCAGCGUCUGGAUAUGCGAUCGGCUCACAGUAAGCGAGCUAAUUCAAUAAAUAAAUCGGAUUUUCGUUAAAUAAAAUAUUUUAUUGAAAAUAAUUUGCAGCUUACCACGAACGAAGUCGCGAAUAAAAAAAUUACAAUCUUUGACAACAUUUUUAAUGUGAUUUGAUUUGCUGAUUUGAAUUGAAUGAUUAAAUCGACUCAUGUGCUGUAUUUUUAUACCAAAAUUAUUACUAAUU